GUGUUGCUGUUUGGACUCCACCCCGCACAGCCGCCGCCGGUCGCGUCACUUCUGGUUCGGUCCAAAAUGGCGACCGCGACGUUAGAAGAGGGAGGCGGAGAGGCGAGCGCUUGGACUGUGUUGACAUAUCGGCUGUUCUCUACGCUAACAAAGCCUCUGGGGAGGAAUGGGGCACCCCGGCUGAGGUGGUCAUUUUUGUAGCAUUGUUUUGAAGAGCUGCAAGAUAUGGAAGACGAGCAUUUGCGAUACAGCCGUAGACUGAGGAGCACGCUCCGUCGUCGAUAUGAAGAUGAUGGCAUCUCAGAUGAGGAGAUUGAAGGCAAAAGAACAUUUGACUUGGAGGAGAAGCUUUACAGCACAAAGUACAACUCCAACUUUAUCAUCUACAUGGAGGGCAAAGAUUUCAAUAUGAGGUACAUUCAGGAAGGCGGACUCAGGGAGCCGCUGAUAUUUCAAAGUUCUGAAGGGCUUGGCAUCAGAAUGCCAGAGCCCGACUUUAGUGUGAAUGAUGUCAAGAUGUUUGUAGGGAGCAGACGAAUUGUAGACGUGAUGGACGUUGGCACCCAAAAAGGAAUAGAAAUGACAAUGGCACAAUGGGCAAAAUAUUAUGAAACCCCUGAAAAGGAAAGAGAAAAAUUAUAUAAUGUGAUCAGCCUGGAGUUCAGCCACACCAAGCUGGAGAAUCUGGUGCAAAGGCCUGCGACGGUGGAUCAGAUAGACUGGGUGGACAACAUUUGGCCAAGGCACUUAAAGGACAAACAGACUGAAUCCACCAAUGUCAUCCAGGAGAUGCAAUACCCCAAGGUGCAGAAAUACUGCCUUAUGAGUGUGCGUGGCUGUUACACUGAUUUCCAUGUGGACUUUGGUGGCACGUCUGUAUGGUACCACAUUCUCAGAGGAGGCAAGGUUUUCUGGCUAAUACCUCCUACAGACCAAAAUCUGGAAAUGUAUGAGAAUUGGCUGUUGUCGGGGAAACAAGGCGAUAUCUUCCUGGGUGACAAAGUGGCCGAAUGCCAACGCGUGGAAUUAAAACAAGGCUACACCUUUGUCAUUCCUUCAGGCUGGAUCCAUGCUGUGUACACUCCUCAGGACACACUAGUUUUUGGAGGGAAUUUUCUACAUAGUUUCAACAUCCCCAUGCAGCUACGGAUAUACAGCGUUGAGGACAGAACAAGGGUGCCCACCAAGUUUCGCUACCCAUUCUACUACGAGAUGUGCUGGUACGUGUUGGAGAGAUACAUCUACUGCAUGACCAAACGCUCUCACCUCACCAAGGACUUUCAGAGGGAGUCGCUGAGUAUAGACUUGGAGCUAAAUGGACGCCGGAGACCGGACACACCCUCUUCAUCUUCAUCUUCCUCUACUUCAUCUUCCCCCUCUUCUUCAUCCUCCGACUAUGACGACUCAUCAGAUCAGGACUGGGAGGAAGAGGAGGGCUUAAGGAAAAGAGACAGAGACAGAAGGAAAGCUGAGAGGGAACUUCAUAGGAGGAGAGAAAGGGAACGGCGGCAGAGGGACCGUGAAGAACAGAACAGGGAGGAUAGGCUAAUCCUGUCUAGCUUCCCUACUGCACACCGGCCUCUCACUCCACCUCCACCUACUCCUCCCUCACCUCCCAGCAACAUACCACCAUGUUUGACAUGGUUUGAGGUUGAUGGCUUACACUGCCUUGUUAAGAAGCUUGAAUCUCUCCCCCCAAACAAGAAGUGCCUGCCUGAUGGUAUUCAAGAUCCAGAUGCCCUACUUGCAGAUAUCAGGAAGCUACUGGAAGAACACGCGCAUGACCCACCUGAGCUAGCACUCACCGGAAUUCCCAUCGUUCAGUGGCCAAAGAGAGAGCAGUUUAAAGUUCAUCUCCGGCCCAAGAUCCAGUUCACCAAACCUCACAUCAUGCGACCAGCAGCUAGACAUGCCGUGUCAACCCCUCGGCCUGCAGGUACAAUUUCUGGCCACACGGCGGCGUCAUCCGGCGUCCGAAGGCGGCGAGUUAGGUGCCGGAAAUGUCAGGCAUGUCUUCAGCGGGAGUGUGGGACUUGUCACUACUGUAAAGACAUGAAGAAGUUUGGUGGCCCGGGCCGGAUGAAGCAGUCGUGUAUGCAAAGGCAGUGCCUUGCGCCCAGAUUGCCCCAUUCUGUGACCUGUGCCGUAUGUGGGGAGGUGGACCAGAUGAACGACUCUCAAGACUUUGAGCGGAAGCUAAUGGAGUGCUCAGUGUGCAAUGAGAUUGUACAUCCUGGCUGCCUAGAUAUGGAUGGUGAAGGUUUUUUGAGUGAUGAGUUACCAAACUACUGGGAGUGCCCCAAAUGUUAUGAGAGUCGCAAGCACACGAAACGUAAGGCUGUUGAUAACUGUGAUCUGGAUCCCCAUUUAUCAGCCAAAGUUCUGAGGCCUCCCCUGGUACAGAGUCCUCCAUCACCGCCACUUCUUCUCCUUCCACCCUCUCCAUCAUCUGCUCCACCAACGCCGCCACCAAGCACGCCACAGCGAGAAGACCGGGUCAUGCGGCGGCAGCUGACCAGAGAGAAAGAAAACCACCCGAGUGGGCGAGAACAGUCCGAGGCUGACCGCGUCUGGCAUCGGGGCUCCUACCUCACAGUCACACUUCAACGACCCCCGAAAGAGCUAAGUAGUUCUUCGAUUGUCCCCAAGCUGCAAGCCAUUACACCAAAUUACCGGCAUCCCAUCCGCCCACCUCCUCCUCAGCCGCCUGAGGAAGAUUAUGACGACGACGACGAGGAGGAGGAUGAAGAGGAGGAUGAAGAAGGGGAAAACGGCCUUAUGUGUGGACAGACGAAAGACCAGCUGUCUAUUCAGAAGGAUGUGUGGCUAUCUGUCUUCCAGUACCUCACCAAGAAGGAGCUGUGUGUGUGUAUGAGGGUCUGCAAGGCCUGGUACAAAUGGGGAUGUGACAAACGCCUCUGGUCCAGGAUUGAUGUUAGCCGCUGCAAGUCUCUUGUGCCUCAGGCCCUAAGUGGCAUCAUUAAAAGACAACCAGUACAGCUCGACCUGAGCUGGACAAAUGUAUCCAAAAAACAGCUUACCUGGCUGGUCAACAGAUUACCCGGGUUGAAAGACCUCAUCCUCGCAGGCUGUUCGUGGUCUGCCGUGUCUGCCCUCAGCAGUUCUAGCUGUCCUCUCCUGCGAACGAUGGAUUUGCGUUGGGCAGUGGGAAUCAAAGAUGCACAGAUCAGAGACCUACUGACACCACCAUCAGAAAAGCCAGGACAUGACGUUCGCAGCAAGCUCCGCUUCUUAACGGACCUGAGGCUUUCUGGUUUAGACAUCUCCGACAUCACGCUGCGGUUAAUAAUCCGGCACUGUCCUCACUUGUCUAAGCUGGACCUCAGCCACUGCCCACUUAUGUCAGACCAGUCUGUCAACCUGCUGACUGCUGUGGGCUCAUGCACGCGAAACUCUCUCACACACAUCCACUUGGCAGGUUGCAAAGGGAUAACAGAUGAGUCUCUGUUCUACCUUCGGCGAGCCUCCAGCUUGACACUAAUCGACCUCCGUGGCUGCAAACAAGUGUCUCGAGGAGCAUGUGAGGGGUUUAUAUCGGACCUGUCUGUGAGCACCUUGUACUGCCUGUCAGACGACAAGCUCAUCCAAAGGAUCACCUAGAACAUAAGGGGCAUCCACUGCAGGUGCGGUGUUGGAAGAGGUCAUGUCGCUGGGGGACGCACAUUGUCAAUCACUCCUCCUCGUUGGCUCUCUUGCCUCGCUCGUCUGAUACAAACAAGGAGCAAUAACUGGCGCCUGUACAUCCUGCCCCGUCUCAGUUCGGUGAGGGGCAGUCACCUGGUGCAAGAAAGUGGGCUAAAUCUGAAACGGGUAUUUAAACAGCUUUGGCGGGCCCUGGUGCCCAUGGGCACCUUUCAGGGCUGAAACCUUGAAACCUCUUAAGACUGGAUCUCCAUAGUCAGAGAUUUUUUUUUUUUUACCGUUCU